UUGGAGGAUCAAGCAGUACUAUAUUGUUUUAGAUCGAGAUCAAUUGUAGGCAUAAAUUACUUAACAAUGCCAAAACAAAUGUCGCUGUGGUUCGAGUCACGGCUCGCGACGUUAUCUUCUCUCUUGUUACUUAUUUUUCUCGUUCAUCCUCAUUCCUGCAAAGCUGUCGAUCUCAAACCGUGUGGAUUCCAAGCGAUCUACAAUUUCGGCGACUCCCUUUCAGACACGGGCAACGCCAUGGCAGAACACCCAAGCCCUCACGCUUGGCAUUAUCCAUUGGGCAUGACGAUCGGCAGAGCCACCGGCAGAGCCUGCGACGGACUACUCAUUAUCGAUCAUAUCGCUGAAGCAACGGGGCUUCCUUUUUGUAAUCCAUACUUAAACAAGAGCUUAGAUCACUCCAAGGGUGCGAAUUUUGCCGUCGGUGGCACCGGCUUGCUCUCGAAAGAAGAACGAGCGGAAUGGAAUGUCAAUUUCGUAUGGUCCAAUGACUCUCUUGACGUACAACUCCGAUGGUUUGAUCAACAUCUAAACGACAACUUCAAGGACGAAAAAGCUCGCCGAGAUCAUUUGAAGUCGUCUCUAUUCGUCAUCGGCGGCGGCGGCAAUGAUUAUGGCGCCAUGGGCGGUUCACCUCUAUAUGAUAAACUUCCAUAUAUAGAGCAAAAGAAACUCAUAAUGCCUGUCGUCGUCGGAGCCCUAGUUGACGCUGUCAAGAAAUUUAUAAGCUACGGUGCAAACAAAGUGAUAGCAACCGGAGUGUACCAAGGUGGAUGCAUAGGCGGAUGCAAAGUGACGGACAAAGGCCUCCAUUGUUGGGAGCCGACCAACGAAUUUCACAAGCUUCACAAUGAGUUCCUGCAGCGGAAGCUCCAGGAACUGGGGAAAGAAUACCCCGAUGCUCGAUUCGCCUAUGGAGAUGUCUGGGGCGGCGCGCAGUGGAUCUGGGACCGUUAUCAAUCUCUUGGGUUCGUUUAUCCGCAAAAGGCUUGUUGUGGGGAUAAAGAUCACAUGUAUUGUGGCAUGGACGGGACUCCGUGGUGCAGUAAUCCAAACGAGCACGUGUUUUGGGACUGUCCUGGGCAUUUUACGGAUAAGUCUUACCGAUACAUGUAUCAGCAGAUGAUUCCACGGAUUGUGGAGGAACUUCAGUGCGACGACAAGAAGAAUGAAUUGUAGAACAUUAGCAUACGUAGUAGUAGAGGAAAGGCCCAUCGAUCGAGGGAGAUAUAUGAUGUUAUGUAACCUUCUGCGAGUCUGCGAUCGGUUGCUAGUUUCAGCACCACAUUAAUAAUAAUCCAGACAAAUUAUUGAGAAUUAUUAGCUUCUUGAACAAUUACUAGGAAUCUAGUAGGGGUGUGCAACGGUUCGGUUCGGACCGGACCAAACUCAUGAGAACCGCGGUCCAUUAGUGAAAGACAUGUUAUGACCAAGGAUCGGACCAUUCUUGCAUUUGAUCCAUUUGGUCCGGUUCGGUCCGGUCCAAAUAUGAGCUCGGUCCACCAUUUCUUCAGUAAUUAUAAAAUUCAUGAGGACCA